UACAGUCUUUAACGCGUUUCCAUGUGUACUUUUGUAUCCUAACAUUAGCUCCAGCUUUUAGGAGCAGGAUUGAUUUAAUAAAGAGCGGCGCGGAAUAGGUUAAAGAGCGGGGGUCCCGAUUCCUCCUCUCUUGUUCGCCAUGAUGAACAAAUGAACUCUCGGGGAAUGAAAUUUAAAUUUCACAAAGGAGAGAAAGUCCUCUGUUUCGAACCAGAUCCAACCAAGGCCAAAGUGCUUUACGAUGCUAAGGUUGUAGAUGUUCUCAGUGGAAAAGAUGAAAAGGGUAGGAAAGUCCCAGAGUAUCUAAUUCACUUUAAUGGUUGGAACAGAAGUUGGGAUAGAUGGGCAGCAGAGGAUCAUGUCCUUCGUGACACGGAUGAAAACCGCACAUUACAACGUAAACUGGCCAGAAAAGCUGUGGCUCGCAUGAGGAGAAAGGGCAGAAGGAAGCGACGCUGUCGUCUGCCUGGUGUUGACUCUGUGUUAAAAACUCUUCCUGAAGAGGAAAAAGAAGAAAAUGAUGACAAUUCUUUAAUUUCAUCUUCUGAAGACAGUGAUGAGGAUGAUUCUGAUGACGACGAAUCAUUAAAAAGUGAGGAGAGUGAUCUUGAAGAAACUGCAGAAAUGAACGAGGAUCAGUUCAUACUUGGACAGGUUAGUCCAUCCAUUGCCCAGCUGAUCCAUCUGGAUCAGUCCCUCAGAAAUCCAUGGCAAGGGCCUAUUAAAGAAGAACAAGACGUUCACCCGAAAAAGGACAUGGAGGAUAAAGCAAUAAACAUAGAAAUCCCUGAGGUCUUGAAGAAGAAGCUGGAAGAUGAUUGUUACUACAUUAACAAGAGAAAAAAGCUGGUGAAACUUCCUUGCCAGAUGAACAUUGUCAACAUCUUGGAGUCCUACGUGAAACAUUUUGCGAUUAAUGCAGCUUUUUCAGCAAAUGAAAGAUGCCGGCAUCAUCUGACCACCCUGCAGAUGAAUCUAAAUCCUCAUUAUGUCCCACCAGAAAAGAAUGUUGAACUUUGUAAAGAAAUGGUGGAUGGUUUGCGGAUUACCUUUGACUUCACACUUCCAAUGAUCCUGCUGUACCCUUAUGAACAUGCCCAGUUCAAGAAGGUGACCUCUUCCAAGUUCUUUCUACCAAUCAAAGACAACUCUGCCAGUUCCAGCAGGAGCCUUGAAGAGCUGUCUCCCAGCCCCCCUCCUCUGCACCCCUCCACACCCCAGUCCACAGAUAGCCAGCCCACAGUGAGCGAAGUCUCCACUCCCAAGCGCAAGAAAGCUGAGCCCGAAGCCCUGCAGUCACUACGGAGGUCGACGAGACACUCAUCCGGGGGAGACCGGCUCUCCGAAAGCAGUGCCUCCCCACAGCCCAAGCGCCGUCAUGCAGAGACCCCCGCUCCACUGCCAAAGCUCUUCCUGCAUUUAGACAAGAAAACUCCUGUUCACAGCGGCUCCUCUUCUCCUCUUACAUUGACUCCAAGCAAAGAGGGAAGCUCAAUGUUAUCGGGACGGGAAGGGAGGAGAAAUAAUGAAUUGAAUGAGGUGCUGUGUUGGAAACUGACCCCUGACAAUUAUCCACAGAGUGAUCAGCCUCCUCCUCCAUCAUACAUGUAUGGAUCACAACAUCUGCUCCGCCUCUUUGUUAAGCUUCCAGAAAUCCUGGGAAAGAUGCACAUACCUGACAAAAAUCUGAAGGCUUUAGUGAAGCAUCUGGAGUUGUUCCUGAGGUUUUUGGCAGAGUUUCAUGAGGAUUUCUUUCCCGAAUCUGCGUAUGUGUCUGCGUCAGAGGCCCACUACAGUAUGAAACACCCACGGGCGAUCUACUAAUUCAAAAAUCAAUAGUGAAAACCGAUCAGAACUUUUCACUUAAUGCACGACACGUUACAGCUUUUUUGCCCUGUCGCUAACAGCUGAAGCAUUAGAGGACUUUGAGCGACCUUCAUAAAAUCAAGAGGCCUAGUACCUUCAUAACAAACCACUGCUUGGAAGUGAUGUACAGUGGUGGUGAAGACUGGAACCACAUUUGGUCUUUUGUUGUUUCUCUGUUGCACUUCAUCCUAUUUUGUCUGAGCCUUGCAUUGACAUUUUAAUACUAAAUGACUGCAUUCCUCUUCAUGGUGUAGCUGUUCAGUUUUGUUUUUGGGCAGAAAAUGUGGACAAGCAUUACUGUAAAUAUGCUGUUCAAUGUUUCAUUAUUUAUUGUUUUCGGUGAAAGUUUUACUUUGUUUUUUAAUAUAGUUCCAUGAAGUAGAACCAUUUGUUCGUAAUGGUUUAAUGUAAAGAAACUAUUUCAUUUUCAAUAGGAACUUGAAUAUAAUAUGAAAAAAAAUCUUGUUCCAGAAGUAUGUACCUUUCUUAAAUAAACUCUCCUUCACAUUGGUUGUUUACAGUACAACAUCUCUUCUGUAAGACUUAUAAAAACAAAUAAGCAAGAGUCACAAUUGAUAAUUUGAAUGACUUCUAGUAUGUGAAUAAAUACAACAGACUACAGGGCAGGUACUUCUUGAUUACAUAACUGGCCUUUUUUGUUUCUCUAAAAUAUUUACGUAUUUGUUAGAACAAAUAUGUCUACAAAAUGGUUGGACUUGGCUGGUCUGUGAUGUUGCCCUCUCACAUCAGUGCUGAUUUUCAAACUGGCGUUGAAGUGCUUGGAUUCUCUUGCAGCUCUGCUGAGCACAUGGAAGACAUGAGUGCAUGAGGUACAAAAUAUAGAGGAACAGAGUGGCAUUGGUAACAGACUAAUAAAUAUAUGAUAAAUGCAGCUUUGUAUUUUGAUAUGUACUUUGCUUGCAAGCUGCGUAGUUGUUGGUACAACGUUAUUGUGAAAAGUGUGCAUUUAUUUUUUUUCUUUUACCUGUCAGUAAUAGGAUGAGGUCCUUGCUGAAAUGAACUAAUCGUCUCCAUCCACAAGGA